AUGUACAAGUGGCUGAGCGAACCAUGGACUUAUGUGAACAAGUGCUGCAAGAAAAAAAUAAAAGAGAGAGAGACAAAACUGGCUGAGUUAGGAAAAAUCGUCGGCUUCGGGUCACGUUCUUGCAGUCGGCAGUCCCGGCCGGUUUGCUCCGGGCGUGCUGGAGGUCACCGGCCUCGGACUUGGUGCCUGGGUCUCGGGCAGCUCUCUGGCUCCAGGGCGUUUCCUCCUUUUCCGGCCUCGGAAAGUUUUGUUUUGGUCCUUAAUUCCCAAUCAAGGAAAGGCACCCUGUUGACCAUUUCUCAGAGUCUCCUCCGGUUGGCUAGAGGCCAAGUUUCCCCCAUCCCAGUUGGCCCCAACUUGGGUCCCUCUCCGAGAUCCUCGAAAGCUCAGGAAGCGAGUCUUCUGAGGAGGGAGAGAGAAGGCAGCCUGGCGGUGGGUUCCACUGUUUCUGGCCGGCCCUUCUCUUCGCUCCGUCCCUAUGCCGGUACCCAACGCACAGCGAAGGGUGCGGGCAGUCUCCCGGGUGAUCCUCCGGGGCCGGGUUCUCCACCAUUCCAAAAAGAAUACUCAUCCUCCGACGCGCCAGCGAUGGGCAGAGACGAAGAGGACGAAAAGUUCGCCCCGCGGCGGCGGCCGCUAGGUGGCGCAUGCGCCCUGGAGGGUGCGGGCAGGUCUCCGGGAAGAAGGCGGCGGCUGCAGCGAAAGGCGGGGGCGCCGUGGGGGCCGGCCCGUGUUUACGGAGCGGCGGGAGGGCGCGGACGCGGAACCCGGCGCGGCGUCGGCAGCGGCACGAUGGUCAUGGCGCAUUUCGUUGAGAAUUUUUGGGGGGAAAAGAAUAGUGGCUUUGACGUCCUUUACCAUAAUAUGAAACAUGGACAGAUAUCGACAAAAGAACUAGCAGAUUUUGUAAGAGAAAGAGCUACAAUAGAAGAGGCGUACUCCAGGUCAAUGACAAAACUAGCAAAAUCUGCAAGCAAUUAUUCACAACUUGGAACAUUUGCACCAGUGUGGGAUGUAUUCAAAACAUCUACAGAGAAAUUAGCAAAUUGUCACUUGGAUCUUGUUAGAAAAUUACAAGAAUUAAUAAAGGAAGUUCAGAAGUAUGGAGAAGAACAAGUAAAAUCGCAUAAAAAGACUAAAGAAGAAGUUGCAGGAACUCUGGAAGCUGUUCAAGCCAUUCAGAGCAUAACUCAGGCCCUCCAGAAGUCCAAGGAGAAUUACAACGCCAAGUGUGUAGAACAGGAACGUUUGAAAAAGGAAGGAGCUACACAGAGAGAAAUGGAAAAGGCAGCUGUUAAAUCUAAGAAAGCUACAGAUACUUACAAACUCUAUGUGGAAAAAUAUGCAUUAGCAAAAGCAGAUUUUGAACAGAAAAUGACAGAAACAACUCAGAAAUUUCAGGAUAUUGAACAAACUCAUCUCAUUCACAUAAAAGAAAUUAUAGGAUCCUUGUCAAAUGCUAUUAAGGAAAUUCAUUUGCAAAUAGGCCAGGUCCAUGAAGAAUUUAUAAAUAACAUGGCCAAUACUACAGUUGAAAGCUUGAUACAAAAAUUUGCUGAGUCAAAAGGCACUGGGAAGGAAAGACCUGGCCUUAUUGAGUUUGAAGAAUGUGACCCUGCUAGUGCGGUUGAAGGUAUAAAACCAAGGAAAAGAAAGACUUUUGGUUUACCAGGAAUAAUUAAAAAGGAAAAGGAUGCAGAGUCUGUGGAAUGCCCUGAUGCAGAUUCACUUAACAUUCCUGAUGUGGAUGAAGAAGGCUAUAGUAUAAAACCAGAAGCAAAUCAGAAUGAUACCAAAGAGAACCAUUUCUACUCAUCUAGUGAUUCUGAUUCUGAAGAUGAAGAACCAAAGAAGUAUCGGAUAGAAAUCAAACCUGUGCAUCCAAACAACUCACAUCACACAAUGGCUUCCUUGGAUGAAUUAAAAGUAUCUAUAGGAAAUAUAACACUCUCCCCAGCAGUAUCUAGACACAGCCCAGUGCAGAUGAAUCGGAAUUCAUCUAGUGAAGAGUUAACAAAAUCAAAGCCAUCUGCUGCAUCCAAUGAGAAAGGGACCAGUGAUUUACUUGCUUGGGACCCCCUGUUUGGACCAUCUCUUGAUUCAUCUUCCUCAGCUUCAUUAACUUCAUCAUCGUCAUCAGCCAGGCCCGCAACUCCUCUUUCUGUGGGCACUAUUGUCCCGCCACCAAGGCCUGCUUCCAGACCAAAGCUUACUUCAGGCAAACUCUGUGGGAUUAAUGAAAUACCCAGGCCAUUCAGCCCACCUGUAACUUCUAAUACCAGCCUACCUCCUGCUGCUCCAUUAGCGCGGGCAGAAAGUUCUUCCUCUAUCUCAUCUUCUGCUUCCCUAAGUGCUGCCAAUACUCCAACUGUAGGUGUGUCACGAGGUCCCAGUCCUGUCAGCCUUGGAAAUCAAGACACCCUGCCUGUGGCAAUUGCCCUCACAGAAUCUGUUAAUGCCUACUUUAAAGGGGCAGAUCCCACCAAGUGUAUUGUGAAGAUCACUGGUGACAUGACAAUAUCAUUUCCAAGUGGAGUUAUUAAAGUCUUCACCAGUAAUCCAUCUCCACCUGUGCUCUGCUUCAGGGUGAAAAAUAUCAGCAGACUAGAACAAAUUCUUCCAAAUGCACAACUUGUGUUCAGUGAUCCAUCACAGUGUGAUUCUAACACAAAAGAUUUUUGGAUGAACAUGCAAGCUGUUACUGUCUACCUCAAGAAGCUAUCAGAGCAAAAUCCGGCUGCUUCUUACUAUAAUGUAGAUGUAUUAAAGUAUCAGGUAUCAUCAAAUGGUAUUCAGUCCACUCCUCUGAAUCUUGCAACAUAUUGGAAAUGUAGUGCUGGCACCACAGAUCUUAGAGUGGAUUAUAAGUACAACCCGGAAGCUAUGGUGGCACCCAGUGUGCUUUCCAACAUCCAGGUGGUGGUGCCCGUGGACGGAGGAGUCACAAACAUGCAGUCCCUUCCCCCUGCAAUAUGGAAUGCAGAACAGAUGAAAGCCUUUUGGAAACUGUCUGGUAUUUCAGAAAAAUCAGACAAUGGAGGUUCUGGGUCCCUCAGAGCAAAAUUUGAUCUUUCAGAAGGACCCAGUAAACCCACAACACUUGCAGUGCAAUUCCUCAGCGAGGGAAGUACCCUCUCAGGAGUAGAUACUGAACUUGUAGGCACUGGCUACAGGCUUUCCUUAGUAAAGAAGCGGUUUGCCACUGGACGAUACCUGGCGGAUUGUUGA